CGGAAAGUUCCCGAGAAACAAAGUUUGUGAGGACGGUACAGUAAUUGGCGAACCGACCAGUACCUCACCCAAGUUUUGCGAUAUGAUGCAAAAGGCAGUAAUCAGCUACCUAACACAGCACAAUACGUAUCUCCCCGAGGAUGCAAUAACUGAUCCCACUUGA